AUGCCGUCCUCAAAGAAACUAGCGCAUUUCUUGUCAAGUGCUGCUUUAUGUGCUGCUGGAGUGGCUGUAUUGGGUUUCGGGAUGUCGACGAACUGGGCCCAAGCUGCCAUGGACUGCGCUCCGAUCGACAGUGAAGAGUUCAGUGGAUCCUCCAGUCUCCAAAUUGGGCUUUUCAAUGGCACAGAGACCAAAAUCGCCUGCCCUAGGAUUGACAAACUUGGAGUUAACGUGCCUGUGUUCGAACGGCUAGGGAAAUUAGCAGGCGCUCCGGUCAUCCUGCACGCUCUGGUUGUCAUCCUGUUGGCUCUGGCUCUUUUGGGGUCUGCAGGCAGUAUUCUGGUCACACUGUACAACAGCUUCAGUAACCCAUAUCAGACCUACAUGGGACCAAUAGGACUGUACACAUGCAGUGGACUCAGUGUAUGUGUGGCCAGCCUGGCGCUGAUUCUGUACGUGGCAAACGCCUACGUGGGCAAGAUGUUCCAGACGCUGGUGAAAGCAGAUGAAGCCAACGUGAAGUUGAAGGAUCCAAAAAUUACCCUACAGGUGGGGUUCUUCCUCCUGAUACCGUACAUCGGUGUCAACUUGCUGGCCAUCCUCGUGGUCUAUCUGUACGUCCACGCUGCAUACACACGCCGCAAAGAGCAGGAGAAACCAACAGAGGAUGCACCCAAAGAGAUCAUGAUGUACUAAAGCGAAACCACAGCCAAGAUCUGUUGAACAGGCCAUGAUUUUCAGACUGGAGCUGAAUUGAGUCUAUUAGUUUGAACCUGCCACAUUAACUGUGAAGUGAAUUGCAAAACUGAACUUACCUGAAUUAAUUAUAAUUCAAAAUUGUAUUAGUCAUAGGCUAUACAUACAAACUAAG